GACGGGACGGGAGCCGCCUCGGCCGGCCCGGCUGCCCGCCACGGCCCUGCGAGUAGUUGGUGUAUCUAAUGGAUUCUUACAGCAGACAAUGGAGCAUAUCUCAAGUGAUGGGCCCCAAAUCCUACGGCCAAAAGAGGAUGGCCACUCAGCAAGGAAGGAGGCAGGCAACAGCGGGGAUCAUCUCUCCAAGGAUCCACAAGAAAUCAAGCCCCCCUUUUCCAAUGAUACUUUCAGACUGCAGCUAGAUGGAUCCCAAACCCCUACUGGGCUUAAGUCAUUUACCCCAAAGCCUCCCCGUAAACCGAGGCUGGAGCGGACGUCGUCUCUUGAUGAACUGAUUUGGCGGAGGAGGAGGCCUUUCAGAAUGAAUCAAGAGAACUCGGCUGACUCAACUGAGGGGGGAUCCUCUGAUGGAUCUUUCCAGGAAGAAAGCCCUACCAAGCAGGAAGUAGCCUCCAGUGGCAACCAUCACCAUCUGCAGCCUCGGCACAACUUGUACCAAGGCUCCAAGGCUCCCCACAUCAGUCAAAGCAGGCUUAGCCUUUCUGCUUCACCCAGGAAGUUGUCCAAGGUCUUGGCCACCCAGCCUCCACCCCCUCUGGAACUUGAGGGCUCCUUUCCUUCUCUGAGGACAACUAAUAGGAUUGACCCAGAUUGUGCGGAUUACAAGUUUGGUUCCCGGAGCAUCUUUCCAAGAGCAGGCAGCAGCUGGAGCGACACACAGCUUCAGAGUCGUGGAAUGGCUUGUGAGCACUGUUUGGCUACCUCUAUGAAAUCUACCUUCAGCCUGCUGGCCCCCAUCCGUGUCAGAGACGUGCGAAACAGAAGCUACUUGGAAGGCAGCCUUCUUGCUAGUGGUGCCCUCCUGGGAGCAGAAGAGCUGAACCGGUAUUUUCCUGAUCGCAGCAUUGGCAUCUUUGUAGCCACCUGGAAUAUGCAGGGUCAGAAGGAGCUCCCUGAGGUGCUGGAUGACUUCCUGUUGCCGUCUGAGCCUGAUUAUGCCCAGGACAUGUAUGUGAUAGGGAUCCAAGAAGGCUGUCCAGAUAGGAGAGAGUGGGAGAUUCGCCUGCAGGAAACGCUGGGCCCCCAGUAUGUCAUGUUCUAUGCAGCUGCUCACGGUGUCCUUUACAUGUCGGUCUUCUUGCGAAGGGAUCUCAUCUGGUUUUGCUCAGAGGUAGAAUGUGCCACAGUGACAACGCGCAUCGUGUCUCAGUUCAAAACCAAGGGCGCACUAGGAAUUUGCUUCACUUUCUUUGGCACGUCCUUCCUUUUCAUCACUUCCCACUUCACGUCUGGAGAUGGCAAAGUAAAUGAGAGGGUCCUGGAUUACAACAAAACCAUCCAGGCUCUUUCGCUGCCAAAAAAUAUUCCAGAUACCAACCCAUAUCGAUCUAGUUCCUCAGACGUCACGACCCGCUUUGACAACGUCUUCUGGUUUGGAGACUUCAACUUCCGCCUGAAUGAGAACCGGGAGGUGAUAGAGCAGAUCCUCAACCAUGGCCAGGACCUGGACGUGUCAAUGCUGCUGCAGCAUGACCAGCUCUUGAAGGAAAUGCACAAUGGUAGUUCUAUUUUUAAGGGGUUCCAAGAGGCCCCCAUCUUUUUCCGUCCUUCCUACAAGUUUGAUGUUGGACAGGACACCUAUGACACAACCUCAAAGCAGAGGACACCUUCGUAUACGGACCGCGUCAUCUACCGAAGCCGCCACCAGAAUGAAAUCCAUGCUGUGAAGUACUCUUCUUGCUUUGGGAUCAAAACAUCAGAUCACCGCCCUGUGUAUGGCUUAUUUCGUGUCAAAGUGAGACCUGGAAGAGACAACAUCCCACUGGCUGCAGGCCUGUUUGAUCGAGAACUUUAUUUGACUGGCAUAAAGAGACGGAUCACGAGGCAACUUCAGAAAAAACACGCUCUAAAAAACCAGAAAUCCAGCACCGUUUGUUCUGUUUCCUGACCAAACGCACCCAAGAGUUUUGAGGCAGAGGCAGAGGCAAAGGGCUUGUGGGUGAGACCUCCUCCAGUUCGUUCUCUGAAAUCAUGCUGGAAUGGCUCCAGCAGGACCACAAAAGUGAAGGGCUCUUUUGAGGCUGGAAGUGGCUGGACGGUCAACAGAUUCGAUCAAGAUUUAUCAAGUGUAGCUUCUUCCUGAUGAACAAGCUGUCGCACUUAACUCGUGUCCUGCUGCUUGCAGAGGAUCCUGAAAUAAAUCUGCCGGCUGUUGGCAUUUUCUGUUACAGCCACAUAUGCAUUUCUUAGGUUUGUUUGGGAAGACACUUCUGAGGACCAUCUUGGGAACAAAGGAACACAUUCUAAGCAUUGUUCUGUGUUCAUUCUUCAGUUGCAGCUAGGAAGCUAAAUAUAGAGAAGCCACUGAGUCUACUUGAGCCCCAAAAAGCUUUUUUUCCUAAGAAUUCUAGAAAGAAAAGCAGAUUUCUGAAAUGCCAGAGGGGCAAGGGAAGACUCAGAAAGGAGCAGCAGGGAGGGGAUUGUAGCGUUUUUUUGCCUUCAAUUACAGAUCAGGACAAGCCAGCUUCCAUCAGCUACAUUUUCAAAAAUCCAUUAACUAAAGAGACAGUGGAAACUAGUUUCACUCAACAUAGGACCUUGAGUGGCUGCAAAAAUCAGUAUUCAAUUGCAAGAGCAAAUUUUAGCUAAUCCCAAUGGUUUGAUAAAGUUAGAAGUGUUUUCCCCUCCUCAUGUUUAAUCACCCACCAUUUUCCUGGGUUGUUUGGGUUCAGAAUUCCUUGAAAUAAAUAAAGGACAAUUCAGAACUUAAAAGUGUGUUUCUAGUGUGCCAACUGCUUCUUUAAUCUCUGCAUUGCUGAUACACCCUAUAUUCCUACCUGCAGCUUAGCUUAAAUCCUUAUCAAUGGGAUUCCAGUAUUAUUUCCAACAUGCAAACCUAGUAGACAUUUUUCCUUUUCCUGUGGGACGUAAUUACAUUAAUUACAAGAUUCAGAAGGAAUCCUCUAAUUACACAGUUGUCUGUAGUGGUGGAUUGUGGCAGUGGCCCACGUGCCAGAGCACCCUUCCAGUCUGUGACAUGGUGACUCCAUGAAAGAAAUCAGAGGUCGGUCCCUUACCAAGCACACACCUACAGGGCAUUGAGAGGUCUUGCUUCGUAGCAAAUUCCAGAUAUAGUAAAUGCCCCAAAGAAAGAUUUCCACCUUGGCCAUGGAGUUAAUUGUUCCCCACGGGAUGAGGGAGAGCAGCGAUUGACUGAGCAGCCAUAUAUUGGCCAUCCUGCUAGAGAGGGGGAGGUUGGAAGAGAAUCCCCCAAGAAGGGAAAAAGGAAGACGACUGUCCAGGCAAAUACUUAGCUGAUGCUUCAGGCUAUUUUCAAGCAGUCCUCUCCUGCCUCUGCAAUUGGAACAGCAUCAUAUCAUUUCAGCACAACUGAAAUUCUUUGUGGCAUUUGCAAAAGGAGGAUUUUGUGAGUCAGCAGUACUGUAGAGCACAACUUGCACAGUCCAUCUCCCUGCUGAACAGAAUUUCACCCAGAUCGGGGAAGAAACAUCCAAGCACACAACACACUGGACCAGAUGGCUUAACCCCACAUAUGUGGCGCUAGAGCAUUACGAGAAAUACUCUCAUCUUGGGUCAAGAAUAAUGGAAAAAGCACCUCAAAAACUCUGCUGCAACUAAAGCAGAAAACUGAAUAAAUCUGACCUUAAACUAACACAUUUUUUGUUGCUACAGCUUGAAAAUACAACUGCGAUUUAGUUUAAACUAGGUUUUGGAAACAAAGGUAACAGUGCAGCACUCUCAUUAACUCUUUUAUCUGUACUCUCUGCCAAGGACUGUACCAGGUCUUGGGCACAUGGUUAUAGUCCCUUAAUUUAAGACAUGUCAACAAAGACAGGAAUUUUUGAUACCAAAAUUGCAAUCUGAUUUUUAGGAGGCAACUCUUCUCAGCUGCAUAGCCACCAUCUUCUCAUAUAGUUUGAGUCUUAUGAAAACGGUUCUGCCAACCAUGCUCCCACGCCCAGAGUGGCAGAAGCUGCCUUUCUUGCAGACAAAAGUAUCUUGGCAAGAAAUGGGUUGUCUUAACCAAAGUUCUCGCUGGGGCAGCGGCAACUUUAUCGAAACAGCCGGUACACUCUGGGAAGCCGCCCAUCCUUGCUGGAAAGGGCGGCCUGGAUGUGCUCGUAGCUGGGCAGCUCCCUCAAGUCCCCCAGGGCAGCAACAGCCG